AUGCACGAAGGCCGACGAAAAUGGCUGUGGACACUGUCGGUCAACGCGACACAGACAAGUCGCAUGCAUCCGAUCGAGAGGACACAAUCACUCCACGAUGAUCAGCCUGCUGCAAUGGGAUGCGAUCCCCACACCACCGGAGGCGAGCUCGGAGACGACGACACAUGCAAAGACGAUGUCGGGCACGGCCUGGACGGAUGUCGAGACAAACUAGUGCGCCCACUGUGA